AUGACAGACAUCAAAGUAGACACGGCGUCGUUUGAUGGGUCGACGCCAGCGGCAAGCAAUCAAGAAAUUCACCAGGUCGACGAGGACAAGCGAUCGACUCAUGGAACGGUAGAUGUGGAGCAAGGACCUACCACGAAGAUCAAGGAGAAUGACGCGGAACAAGUCAACGAUGGUCCUCGUGAUCCAAAUAUAGUUGAUUGGGAUGGCCCCGAUGACCCUGAUAAUCCCCUCAAUUGGACGAAGAAGAGAAAAGUAUUGGCGACUGUUUCGAUCGCAUUGAUCACGCUGCUCACGCCUCUCGGCUCAUCUAUGUUUGCGCCCGGCGUGUCACAGCUAGUGCGCGACUUCAACAUUACAAGUACGGAGCUUGCAUCCUUUGUGGUGUCCGUAUAUCUUCUUGGAUACUGCUUUGGUCCUCUUCUUAUCGCGCCCAUCUCCGAGAUCAUUGGUCGCCGCACCGUCUACAACGUGUGCAACUUCUUCUACGUUGUCUUCACCAUUGCUUGCGCCGUCGCCCCCGACAUUGGAAGCUUGACGGUCUUCCGAUUCCUUGCUGGAUUUGCCGGUAGCUGCCCGCUGACGAUCGGGGCCGGCUCCAUUGCAGACAUGUUCAAGCAAGAAAGUCGAGGUGGUGCUAUGGCUGCUUGGGCCCUGGGCCCUUUAAUUGGCCCUGUCGCUGGACCCGUCGCAGGUGGAUAUCUCGCCCAGGCCAUGGGCUGGAGAUGGACUUUCUGGGUCCUGUCUAUGGCCAGUGGCGCCAUCUUUAUCCUCUCCUUAUUCACCAUCCGCGAAUCUUAUGCACCAACCAUCCUAGCUACGAAGACGAAGAAGCUGCGCAAGGAGACUGGAAACCCGAAUCUGCGCUCCGCCCUCGACACCGGCCGUACUCCGAUGGAUUUAUUCAUGUUCUCCAUCGUCCGACCUACAAAGAUGCUCUUCCUGUCCCCUAUUGUCUUCCUUCUCUCUCUCUACGUUGGCGUCAUCUACGGAUACCUCUACCUGCUCUUCACCACCAUCAGUCUUGUUUUCGAAGACCAGUACGGCUGGUCUCCAGGCUCCGUAGGUCUGGCGUACCUGGGUAUCGGCAUUGGCUCUUUUCUUGGACUUGCCAUCUUGGGUCUCACAUCCGACCGCCUGCUGCACUAUCUGGCUGAGAAGCAUGGCGAGAAAAAACCCGAGUACCGACUGCCGCCUAUGAUUCCAGGAUCACUCUGCGUCCCCAUCUCCCUGUUUAUCUAUGGAUGGUCGGCUUAUUACAAGACUCACUGGAUUGUGCCCAUAAUCGGUACUUCCUUCCUUGGUAUCGGCAUGCUGAUAUCUUUUAUGACCAUCAGCACCUACCUUGUCGAUGCCUUUACAACCUACGCUGCGUCCGCCAUUGCUGCUAACACCGUCUUCCGAUCACUCGCCGGUGCCUUGCUCCCACUUGCCGGUCAGAAGAUGUAUGAAACUCUCGGAUUAGGCUGGGGAAACUCACUGCUUGGUUUUAUUGCACUGGCUCUCUGCCCACUGCCGGUCAUAUUCUACGUCUAUGGCGAGCGCAUCCGAACAAGCAAGAUAUCCCGGGUGGAAUUCUGA